AUGCUCUCAUUCACGUUUUCUCUCUCUCUCGUUUUUAUUCUCUCAUUCUCAUUCUCCCCAACUCUCUCUUAUUCUCCCCCACUCUCUCGUUCUCAUUCUCCUCCACUCUCUUUCAUUCUCGUUUUCCCUCCACACUCUCUUUCGUUCUCGUUUUCCCCAACUCUCUCUCUCUCGUUUUCCCCAAACUCUCUCUCUCUCUCGUUUUCCCCAACUCUCUCUCUCUCAUUUUUCCCCAACUCUCUCUCUCUCUCUCAUUUCCCCAACUCUCUCUCUCUCUCAUUUUUUCCCAACUCUCUCUCUCGUUUUCCCCCAACUCUCUCUCUCUCUCUCUCAUUUUCCCCCCAACUCUCUCUCUCUUCUCGUUUUUCCCCCCUCUCUCUCUCGUUCUCAUUUUCCCCCACUCUCUCUCUCGUUCUCGUUUUCCCCCCACUCUCUCUCUCGUUUUUCCCCACUCUCUUUCUCGUUUCCCCCCCUCUCUCGUUCUCAUUUUCCCCCCCACUCUCUUCCCUCGUUUUCCCCCACUCUCUCGUUCUCAUUUUCCCCCACUCUCUCGUUCUCAUUUUCCCCCCCUCUCUCUUCUCCCCCUCAUUUUCUCCCCACUCUCUCGUUCGUUUUCCCCCAACUCUCUCGUUCUGGUUUUCCCCAACUCUCUCUCUCUCGUUCUCCCCCAACUCUCUCUCUCUCGUUCUCAUUUUCCCCAACUCUCUCUCUCUUUCUCGUUUCCCCCAACUCUCUCUCUCCCUCAUUUUCCCCAACUCUCUCUCUCUGUUCUCGUUUCCCCCAACUCUCUCUCUCUCUCGUUCUCCCCCCAACUCUCUCUCUCUCUUUCUCAUUUUCCCCCAACUCUCUCUCUCUCAUUUCCCCAACUCUCUCUCUCUCUCUCGUUCUCCCCAACUCUCUCUCUCUCGUUCUCGUUUUCCCCCAACUCUCUCUCUCUCGUUCUCGUUUUCCCCCAACUCUCUCUCGUUCUCGUUUUUCCCCCCUCUCGUUCUCAUUCCUCCCCCUCUCUCUCGUUCUCAUUUUCCCCACUCUCGUUCUCGUUCCUCCCCCCUCUCUCUCUCAUUAAUAGUGUCCAACGUUUGUCUUGUUCUCGUUUUGGCCCACUCUCUCCCUCAUACUCGUUUUGGCCCACUCUCUCCCUCGUUCUCGUUUUGGCCCACUCUCUCCCCUCGUUCUCGUUUUGGCCCUCUCUCCCUCGUGCUCGUUUUGGCCCACUCUCCCCUCGUUCUCAUUUUGGCCCUCUCCCCUCGUUCUUUUUGCCCACUCUCCCUCGUUCUCGUUUUGGCCCACUCUCUCCCUCGUUCUCGUUUUGGCCCACUCUCUCCCUCGUUCUCGUUUUGGCCCACUCUCUCCCUCGUUCUCGUUUUGGCCCACUCUCUCCCUCGUUCUCGUUUUCCCCCAGUGAGUCAUGCUCGAAAGUUGGCUUCUUCUUUUUCCUUUUUUUCUCUCUCUUUGUCUCUUUCUUUUUUCAUUCUCUUUUUUUAUUCUUUUUUUCUUUCUUUCUCUUUUUGGUUUCUCAUUUUCUUUUAUCUUUUUCCUUCUUUCCUCUUUUUUCUCUUUUCUUUUCUCUUUUCUCUUUUCUCUUCUUUUCAUUUCUUUUUUCUUUUUCAUUCAUUCUUUUUCUUUUCUUUUUUCUCUUUUUUUCUUUUCUCUUUCAUUUUUUCCUUUCUCAUUUUCUUCUCUCUCUUCUUUUGUCUUUUUCUUCUUUUUUCUUUUUUUUUUUUUCUUCUUUUCUUUCUUCUCUCUUCUUUUCUUUCUUCUCUCUUCUUUUCUUUCUUCUCUCUUCUUUUCUUCUCUCUUCUUUUCUUUCUUCUCUCUUCUUUUCUUUCUUUUCUUUCUUCUCUCUCUUUCUUCUCUCUCCUCUCUUCUUUCUUCUCUCUCCUCUCUUCUUUCUUCUCUCUCCUCUCUUCUUUCUUCUCUCUCCUCUCUUCUUUCUUCUCUCUCCUCUCUUCUUUCUUCUCUCUCCUCUCUUUUCUUUCUUCUCUCUCCUCUCUUUUCUUUCUUCUCUCUCUUUUCUUUCUUCUCUCUCUUUUCUUUCUUCUCUCUCUUUUCUUUCUUCUCUCUCUUUUCUUUCUUUUCUCUCUUUUCUUUCUUUUCUCUCUUUUCUCUCUUUUCUCUCUUCUCUCUCUUUUCUUUCUUUUCUCUCUUCUCUCUCUUCUUUCUCUCUUUUCUUUCUUUUCUCUCUUCUCUCUCUUUUCUCUCUUCUCUCUCUUUUCUCUCUUCUCUCUCUUUUCUUUCUUCUCUCUCUUUUUUUGUUUUUUCUUUUUCAAUUUCUUUCAAUUUUCCAUUGUCAUUUUCUUUUCUCUCUUUUCCAUUGUGUAUUUGAAAUUUAGGUAUUUUCUUUUUUCUUUUUCCUUGUCUUUUCCUUUUUUCUUUCUUUUUUCUUCUUUGUGA